CUCAUAGUGUAAGAAUAACUCAUUCAUUCUUCCACUUCUUCUCCAGAAAACCAAAAAGACAGCAUACAAUCUACACGAUCAUGAUACGAUAAUCAUAUUUCAAGCAAUGGAUUCAAAGAACCUCUCCAGCAACUGGAAACAGCUGCAGGCCAAAUUGGCAGCGGAGAAGGGCAAAUCACCGUCAAAACCAAAAGACGAGACGAAAAAGCAGCCUGCUCCCAAAUCGACCUCGAAAACGACAAAGCCUGGUUCGACGAGUAUAAAGUCGUCAGAAAGCAAGAAAAGAAAAAUAAUCUCCUCUGAAUUAGAGGCAGAAUCUUCUAAGAAGCGCACACGAAGAGAUACCGAUUCCACAGUACCUAAAAAGCGAAACCGGCCAAGCAUGGAGGAGUCGCAACAAGUCAAUGGCGCAAAGAACGAUGCGCAGGCCAAGCCAUCUGCUUCCCUCGCACUCUGGGCCGAAGAUAAUGACAUAUCUCCAAAGGCUCUCGCCGAGGCCUAUGGCGGAAACUUGACUCUGGUUGCUGGCAGUGGAGGCACAAAGGAUGUUGUCAAUGAAGGGUUGUCAAAGACUGCGCAAAUAGGAAAAUACAUAUCUCUCGAUUGCGAAAUGGUGGAAGUCGAAUCAGGCCGCUCUGCUCUCGCUCGAGUCAGUAUCGUAAACUAUCACGGACACCAAAUCUAUGACAGCUUUGUUAUCCCUCAAGAGCGCGUCACAGACUGGCGUACCCCCAUCAGCGGUGUAUCGCCCGCAUCAAUGAAGACUGCGCGGACAUUCGCGACCGUACAAACCGAAGUCUCUGAGAUCAUGGAGGGUCGGAUCCUUAUCGGACAUGCGGUCAAGCAUGACUUGGAAGUGCUCUUGCUCAGUCAUCCUCGUAGGGAUUUGCGGGAUACCUCUCGACUCCCCGAGUUCCGGAAACUGGCAAUGGGAAAGACGCCGGGACUGAGGAAACUUGCUCGAGAAGUGCUUGGUGUCGAGAUCCAAGGCGGAGAACAUUCUAGUGUCGAAGAUGCGCGCGCGACCAUGCUGCUCUUCAGAAAAUUUAAAGACGCAUUCGACCGAGAAAAUGCCAAAAAGUUUCCUGGCGCAAAAGCUGCAGCCGGCCAAGACGGAGAAGGGUCAAAGAAAAAUAACGCAAAGAAGAAAAAGAAGAAGAAGGGCAAGAAAUAAACUCACGGCGGGGGUUUGUAAAGAGUUUUUAAAUCAUUUCUGGGCGUUGAGGCUGCAUAGUUUGGACCUGUUUUUAUAUUACACACUACAAUUGCAUCGAGCCGCGUGGCGUUAGAUAUUAGAAUGAGAUCAUUCAUUUGGUCAAUUAUCCGCUUCUUCAAUCUCAUCAUUCGCGCAAGUCAAUACUUGAAACGUUCAAGAGAAAUUGGAAUAAUAUCUGAAUUUUGCAAAUAAAAGGAUCAGAAUUGAUUUAAUUAGAGCGGUACAUCUUCUAGCAUCUCCAUCGUGCCCUCUCUGCUAGCCGUUAUUAUUACGUCACCC